AUGAACACCUUGACAAACUUGACAUCGCGGUUGUGCGUCACCGCCAGCACUUCUUACCGCGCCUUCCAUCAAACCAUCCCAUCAGCUUCUUCUGUUUUCAUGAAAAGGCAGAAGAAAAUUGAUCCGGAAGUUUGAAAACUGAUAAAUUAUUGAAAAAUAUCGUUUGUUCAGGUUGCGAAGCAAAGAGAAGCCAGAAGAAGAAAGCGGUUGGAGAAAGAAAUCCGGCAAAUGCAGAAGCACAGCAAAAAACCAAAGCCAAUGGAUGAGAUGACGUUGGAUGUGAAGUCGGCCAAGAAUAUUGGGUUUGUAGAACGCUUUUAAUAUUCUUUAUUGUUGUCAAACGCGAAUAUCAUGUUUUCUUGAAUCAUUUUAAAAUAUAUAUUAUUUAGUGAACGAAGACGUCCGCCCACCGAAUUGUCGAUUGACCAGAUCGAUGAGCGAGCCGUUGCCAUGAAGGUUUUUCUUUUUUUUUAAACUGAUUGUCAAAUUGAUUUUUAAGGACUAUACUAGAAGUCGAAACGCAUUGCAAAAGCUUGACGACGCUUGGAUUCGUUCAGCUUUGGCAGCUCAGAAUAAAGCGUUGAAGGAAUUGAAAGCCAUCAGCCCGGAACUUUAUGAAGAGGUUUUUCUUGUUUAAAAUUGCUUGCAUGAGAAAGUAGAAAAGGGGAAAACGCUGCUUAACGUGAAAUAAUCGUUCUUUGUCAUGAUAUCUUCAUUUAGCUAAUUCUGUUUUCAAAGUAAUUUCCGCGAAACACAAAAGAAUCUCUGACUCUCUAAAAAUUUAGUUAUCUUUAUUUUUAUCUGACGGCUAUUUUGAGUUUCUCGGAAUCACUUAACCCUUGAACCUCCAAACACUGUAAAAAAAGGCGUUAUAAACGAACUAUAACUUUACAAAAACCCUAAAAAAAGGAAUUGAAGCUGAUAGUUUUCAACUAGAUCAAAUUUCCCCUUUAACUGAAGUUCUAUUGAAUGAGCUAGUUUUAAGAACAAAAUUAAUACAAUCAAUAAAAGCUCUUUCAACUAUUUUUCAAAAAUCGAGCCUUUUGAUGUGUUAAAAAAAAUUAAUUUUUCUUUUUUUUCCUCCAAUUUUCAAUCGGGCGGUGAAAUUGUCACAAGCUAUGUACUUUUCAUGUCAUUCAGCAAUGGAAAAUUUCUUAUUUCUCAUGUUUUAAAUAAGAACAGGAAAAAUGAAUGAAUGUCAAGAUGGAGAACAGAAAAUUCAAUGAAAAGUAUUACACUGUGAUUCAAAACUAAAAUUAAGUAUCUUCGUUAAAAUUAAAACUUCGUGACCUUUUUAAUUUAUUUCAUUUAAGGCCGUGAAACCAGCCACCGGCAACCUGCCGCUGACCAUUCAAGGGCCUUCUCUAACUCCACCAAUCAAAAAGUACGAAUCACCGGAUGGCGAUUACGUCGACACGACACGGCAAUGGUCAUAG